AAAGAUCACUGAGUCCAGCUCUUAAGGGAAUGGCCCAUACAGAGAUCAAACACACAAUGUUGGUGUUGUUAGCACUGUUCUUUAACUAGCUGAGCCAGUGCAUCAUUUGGAGUUUAUCAGAGUUUAGAACAGAGUUCAAAGAGAAGAAACCAGGAUGGAGUUAAGAACUUUCUUCCAGUUUGUAAGAGCCAUUGUUUACAUUCAUGGGAAUACCAUGAAGCAAGGCAAACAUCACAGAAUUUUAAAAAAUGUGUGUGUUUUUCUAAGCAUCUGAUAGCAAGCAUAGUACUGUUUGUACUGAAGUAUGGGUGCUGCCAACCAGAGUCUGUCAAGAGAACUGUUCAGCUUGAAUUUUCUCCUUAGAAAAAGUCCUCUUUCUCCUCUAUAUAUAUUUCUUCCCUCUGCAGAGCUGCACUAAUUCAAGUUGCAUAAAUUGCAACUUAACAAGAAAAGAAGAAAAAUCUAACAAAGAAAGGAUUAUUAAACCAUUUUGUUUUCUUUCAGAUGAGAAUUCUGGGUCCUUUGGGCUGUCAGUCUGGGGCAUCAUGGUCUUAAGCUGAAAAGUCACGUAAUCAAAAAUGUAGAUUUUCUGAAAGGGUAUCUUACAGAAGACUGUCAUUUCCAUGGGUUAUAUCUAUGUUUUGGUAAGUGUUUUAAAGCAAUUAGAAUAAAUGGCAUAUGGCAAAGCUUUCAUAUUUUUAUAUAUUAAUGAUUAACUGACUUCCUACCUCUUUGUUGACUUAGUGGGAGAGUGACAAGGAACUGAGAGGUACCUAUUUGGUAGCGUAACAAGUUGGACAAUUUGCACGGGCAUUUUUUUCCACCUCCCUUUUGGAUCUUGCUUCAUCCAGCUGACACUGCUUCAAAGCCUUAGGCAGCUCUCAGACUCAGAGAAGAAAUCAGUCCUAUUGGAGAUACAUAGAUGAACUGAUAGGCCAAAAUGAUAAAAUUGCAGAUGUUGCUGUGUUUGUCUGGCAUCAAAAAUCACUCUGUCCCAUCCUCUCAUGGCUGGCAUCACCUUCAGGACUGAAUGCCUCUCUCUCUUCACAUGGCGACUGUGUCUGUGACAGAGCAGGAGAGCUGCAGAGGAUGAGCUCCCUGGUCAGCACCUCACACCUCCAGCUUGCUGCCUUUGCUCUGGGCACCAUAGGCUGGAUCCUGUGCACCGUUUCCAUGGGAAUUGUGGAAUGGAGAGUGUGGCACGUGGACAACACCACUGUCAUCUCCUCUGGCAUUGCCUGGGUGGGGAUUUGGAAAGUCUGCUUCAUCAGUUACCUUCAUGUCUCACCUGGCUAUAGAGAACAGUUUUGCCAUAAAUUCAGUGGCUAUGACUCCUUCGUCCCCUAUGAAAUUUAUGUUGCUCAGGGUCUCAUGUUGAUUGCCAUGUUCAUGGGCUUGCUGGGACUGGCUGCUACAAUAUUUGCUCUGAGAAAUGUGUAUAUGGGAAUCACUCACAAAACUCUCAUUGCCCCUUUCUUCCUGGUGGGUGGCUUCUUGUACAUAUUUGCUGGUCUGUGUGUCCUGAUUCCCGUGAGCUGGAAUUUCUAUUCUGUAGCUCACAACCAGAGCAUAGCUUUUCCUCCUUCUUACUACAUGCCUUCCAGUCCAGAGGCACAGGAAGCUGGUGCUGCCAUUCCUGUUGGGAUUGUGGCUGUCAUCCUCCUGCUGCUAAGUGGGACAUUUUCUCUCUCAUACAGAUUUCCCAUGACUGCCAACACUAUCACGAAAUCCUGACAGGACAAAUCUCCCAUGCUAUUUCAGAACAAGAGCAUAGUCAAGAGAUAAGGACAGCAGCAUGAGUGGUUGUAAAGUUAAGGAACUGCAGAUUUUAAUUUUAUUCUAUAGUAGCCAUGCUAUUUUCCUAUAUGAACCAGUUGAGUCGCCAUCUUAGUACUGAUUACCUAUUACCAGAGGUUUGUUUUUGAGAUAAUUGCUGUUGAGCAGCAAAUGUGAUUAAAUUUUGCCAGUCGUCCUCUUUUGUAUAUACAAACAUUACUGACUAAUUUAUUUUUUUGGUGUAAAAUACUUACUAUGCUAAAAGAGCUGACUUUGAACUGUCCUGUAAGAAAAAUGUGAAGUAACAUGUAUUAAAUGUGAAUUUCUUUCCUUGUGGUACAAAACUCUUUUGUUGUCUAUUUAGUUACAUCUGUAGCAAAGUAUGUUUCGUGACAAGUCAAGACUUUUAAAACCAAUAAUAUGAUUUUCAUCAUGGUUGUGUCAAAUGACUUUUCCCUGAAUUGUCUUACAAAUGUCUUGCCAGAUUCUCCUCUUCCUCUAGGGCACAUAAAGAGCCAUUCCUUUA